AUGUCAAACUACGAAGCCGGCAAAUUAUACGAAGCUGUGGUUGAAGAAGUCAUUGCUGACUCCAGGCAGGACUUCGAAGACAGUGGAAUUGACGAGUCGACGUUGCAAGAAUUAAGAAGACUCUGGUGUGACAAACUUAGUCAAACAAAGGUGUGUAGUUUCUCGUGGGAUGAAGAGCACCACGAUUUGAACCAUCAGUUGGACCCUACUAUGAUCAACAACCUAGGUCCCCAGGCAGACUCACUACAGUUGCAUGCCAACUUGGAGAUUCCCACGAUGAACAAUUACUCCAAUUCUCCAACACAGACGAAUGCGGCAGCUAAUGGAUACGGGAUGGGCAUUGAGCUUCCGGCCAUCAAGCAAGAAUAUGAGGAUACAGGAUUGAUCAUUCCUAAGAUCGAGCAGUCGGAUGGACCGUUUGAGUUCAACAUUGAGCUUUCACAGGCCGAGACCAGAGCCAAGAUUGCCCAGUUGAAGGAAAAGUUGCGUAGGCAGGCUGACGGAGUGAAUGACGAUGAUGGCCUAGGGGAUGAUGACGAUAUUUUUAAUGACUCUGACGAUAUAAAUUCCGAUUUGGACGAUGACUUAGACUCUGAGAAGUCGGACGAAGAAGCAGAGCAAGAGGGCCAGAUAAUGCUUUGUUUGUACGACAAAGUCCAAAGAGUAAAGAACAAGUGGAAGUGUACCCUUAAGGAAGGUAUUGCCAACAUCGACGGUAGAGAUUACGUCUUUCAAAGAGCUAAUGGUGAGAGUGAGUGGUAA